AUGUCUCUCUGCCAGACCCGUCUUCAGGAGGAGCGGAAGCAGUGGCGCAGAGACCACCCUUUUGGCUUCGUCGCAAAGCCCCAGCGCACCCCACAGGGUGCUAUGGACAUGAAGCGCUGGGAGUGUGCUAUUCCUGGAAAGGCUAAGACUCUCUGGGAGGGAGGACUGUUCAAGCUUGAUGUCACCUUUCCCGAUGAAUACCCAACCAAGCCACCGAAGUGCAAAUUUACCCCUCCGCUUUUCCACCCCAAUGUCUAUCCCUCCGGAACUGUGUGCUUGUCCAUCUUGAAUGAGGAGGAGGCCUGGAAGCCUGCUAUUACCAUCAAGCAGAUCCUGCUUGGGAUCCAGGAUCUUCUGAAUGACCCGAACCCCGAGUCGCCAGCACAGGCCGACGCUUACAACCUGUUCAAGAAGGACCGCAAGGCAUAUGAGGCACGGGUUCGCCAGGUUGUCAAGGAGAACCAGCCCUAG